AUGUCCCAGGUUUCCAGCGCCUCAGAAACCGACGUUACCUCAUCCUACUCCACUCGGCGCAGAUCAACUCUUAGCAAGAUCAGGCCCCCUGAUUUUGCCAAGCAAGAUCUUGCACGCCAGUUAUCCAAGGCGUCGUCAGAUUAUACAGAGGUUGCCUCUAGCUCGACACGACCAACAACGCCGUCGGGUGGCGGCAGUCGAGGUACCAGUCUUUCUGACAAGGCGGCCACUGUACUCAAGUCAGGGCCUCUCAAAGAGGAAUCUUCAGUACUGAAGAACAAGAAGGAGUAUCUGGUCCUGACCCCCGCAGGACUCUUCAAGUUCAGGAACCGACUGGCAGCGAUUGAGCAGUUUCCUCAAGUCGCCGUGCCAACAAGUGCUGUUGAAGCUCUGUCACCAGUCGAGACCAUCGCAUCUUUCCAGGAGAUUGGUGCUAAAGCGGAGGCUCAUAUCCCGCUCGAGAGAAUUGUGUCGAUAUUUAAGGACGAGGGAACCAAACCAUGUUUCGGUCUAGAGGUUUGGUGGAAGGAGUCAUGUGCCGCCGGAUUCUUUGCGAAUAUCGAACUUAACUUUUCCCAUCCUGGAGAUCGCGACGACUGGCUGAAGCAGAUCCAAUAUGCUGUAAGGCAGAAGACGAAAGCUUUGGCAGCUGAUGAUAGCAUACCGUCAGAGCUGGAGCUGGACUUGGCAUGUAUUCUUGAAGCCAAGUAUCCUCACCAGAGUGCUCAUCUUGAUAUCUUCCCUGUUGUACCAAGACGACCCUUUGGUCGACUACGAUCAAACAACGGUGAAAUUAAGAAAGGUUGGAGAGAAAACUCAUCAUUCUACAUGGCCUUUAGCAAAAACAUUUGUUUUCUGGCACACUUUACGAGGUCUCCUACCGGCCAGAAAGUAAAUCCGAGUAUUGUCCAGUAUGGUUUGGUUACUAUUUCCAAAGUCAAUGCACACACACAUGAUGAGAGGUUCGACCUGGUUUUCCGCCUACCUCUGGACACUCCGAGAAAGCUCGAACUAUCGAGCAGACACCAUCGAAACAUCGUCUCCCGGUUGUUCAAAUCAGACACCUAUUUAAAGCCUGCGUGGCCUCUUUCGACUAGACGAGAGAUUUUUCUCGUUGAAGGUGACUCACAUCAAAUGCCUCUCCCAUCAGGCGAGGAUUAUGGGGGUUUCAAGAGAACGCUUGAAGCUUUUCUAGAAGGUUAUCACUCUGUAUCGGUCCAAUGGAAAGUUAAUUGGCGGAACGUGAAGUAUGCCCCAGAAUUUCAAUUGCUGCCGUCCACCGAUACGCCCAAGUAUACAGCCUAUCAACUACUGGCUGUAUUCCGAGCGCUUCGCUUCAAUGAUUUCUUCAAGUCUCUGUCUUUCCGAGGGGUCGACUUUUCAGCAUUGUCGAAUGUUUUUGACAACUCCUGCCGCAUGGAACCUACUGUGUGGCUCUCACGAACAGGAAAACGAAGCCUUACGCGUGACGAGUUUGAAGUCGUUGAGAAAUCGUCAGUUUUGUUCCAGGAGGUGAUAGCAAUGCUUCUUGGAUCUGAGUCCAUUAGACACGCCGAUUUUACAGCAGUAUUGCCUAAGGCACCAGUCGUACCGACGCCCGGAUCGUCACCUACUGUCCAUCAAGGCUGUGAAGUAGUUCCCCCAGUCGUACUUCUUAUCAGAUCUCUGCAAAGUCGAUGUAAGUCUAUCAUUCUCAAUGGUAACUACAUCGGUCAUGUCGAUGUCUCUGAAAUUCAUCAAACACUUCAAUCCCAGCCAAACUACCUCCGGGGUCUCGGCUUGUCGCGGUGCCAACUCGACGAAAUGUCCAUGAUUACGCUUUGGGAAGGAAUACAUGAACAGCGUCAAAGCCUUGAGCAUCUGGAACUGUCAAGCAACUUCGGAUGUCUUGAGGCCAGCCGAGUGUCACAAACUCUUUGGGAUACGAGUAACUUACGGCGACUAGAUCUAUCGUCAUGCUUAAAAGGUAUUAUUGAUGGUCCCCUCUUCCGUCCAUGGACCACAUCGCCGUACGAAGAUCCGUGGUCUUUGGAAGAAGUCGACCUUUCCGGCUGGAAGAUCAAUUUUGACACUGUCAGCAGCUUCGUCAGAUACUUGGAGGUAGACGAAUCUAGCUGUCUCCGACAUCUCAAGCUGAAUAGUUGCGGCAUAUCCGGAGAGGUGGCAACUGCCAUCUUCUGCAGAAUAGGAUCGGGCAGGGAUAUACAUCUCUAUCUCAACAGUAAUCCGUUAGAGACUGGAUCAACUGACUGGGUCGACCUCAUUCACGGGAACGAGGCGCCUAAGAGACUUCAUCUGGACAUGAUUGAGUUCAAGCACGAGUCAAAUUUUGACAAGCUCCUUACAGCCUUGGCUGAUAACAACACCAUCGAACUUUUGAGCCUUGUCGGCACGGGUCCGCCAGGACGCGCAAGCCCCAAGACUUCGUCGCUUUUCUCUGCUUUUCUGGAGAAAAACAGGACUCUCAGGUAUCUUGAUUUCUCGGGUUACAGCGGUAAGUUGGAAGACGCACACUUGGGUUGGGGACUCUCAGGCGCCCUAGGGGGUCUGAAGAGUAACAAAACGCUUCGUCAGCUGCGAAUACGAAAUCAUGAUAUGGGUGCAGCCGAGGACAUCACUGAACUAUGCCGUGUCAUCGCACAAAAUCAGGGCUUGGCGAUGCUUGAUAUGCAAAACAACAAUUUUGACCACCACCAGUUCUCGAAGGUUAUUCAUGCACUGGAGCUGAAUCGUCAGAUUAUUUCUUUUCCUAUAUCAUCUUCCGAUCGUGACCACGUUUUGGCAAAGGAGAAGCAGGCUUUCUCAAAGAGCCUUAAAAAGUCCUUGAAGGGUUCACUUGGCAAGUCGGAUAGUGCACGCCUCAAUAGCAUGUUGGAAUGGCUUCGAGGUCACUGGGACUCGGAAGUCAAAAAAGCUGAGGAUAUACUCCAGAGGAACAGAGACGACUAUCUCAAUCAGGCACUCGAGCUGGACACCGAAUUUUUGAGUUCCUGGGACGACGCACAAUUACCAUCGUGGCUCUCUCGCAAACCUUCCGGCCGUGACACUACAAGAGCAAGAGAUUCGAUGAUUUCCAUGUCGAGCACGUCGAGUAUGUUAAAUGAAAAUCCAAGUUCUCCUAUGCUUUCUACGCAUAAACGAAGCUUUAGCGGUCGAGGAUUCGCUGUGGCUUCAGAGCCUGCUAUACACGUUUACACAGUCGAAGAAGAAGAAUCCUCAACUAACCCCUCUCCGGGGAUUGUGGGUGCUGCUCGGACAGGGUCGCCAGUCGAAAUCAGCCACAAUGACCAACUAUGGAUGAGAAAGCGCACGAGAUAA